AUAUUCGGAAAAAAAACUAAAACAUACUCAGACGCUGCUGUGGAGUGGUCGUAUAAAACCAUCAAGUAUUAUUAGCAUCUAACAAAAAGACGCGAACUUAGACUCGGAAAUCAGCCUCAGAAAAACUCUCAGAACGAGAGGAUCAUCUCAUAAACAAACUCAGUCGGAAAACUCAUCGCAUCCUCAACGGAAGAAGCCUCAAGCAACAGAGAAUUAUUUAUAUAUUUAGAGAGAGAGAAAUAUAUCUAAAUAGUAAGGAUUACUGUGUGGCAGGUAUAUAGGGACAACGCUAAGGAUAACGUAAGGACUAAGGACAACAAAUCUAGGAUACAAUAGAAUACAGAAAUAAAAAACAGAAAACAAAAACAAAAACAAAAAGGGACAACUUUUUCGCAACUUUGAAGGCUGACAAACAAAACAACACACAACCACAAACAACUUUUUUGAUAAUCCAACAAAAAUAAGCAGAAUACAACAACCAACAAGAACAACCACAAAAGCGUAAAGAAGAAGAGACUGAUUUUAAAAACUAAAGAAGAAGCAGAAGACGGAUAAGGAUAAAGGAUAAAGGAUAAGCAAAGAAGAAGACGAAGACGAAGACGAAGAGCAUCAUUGAGGCAAAAAGUGAUUCAGGAUCAAAUCCACAACAAAAAUAAAUCAACUUUCCAUACAACAAAAUAAAAUAUACACCAUUUAUUAAUCGAUAAUCGGAUAUACGAUAUAUCGAUAUUUUUGUGCGACUUUUCCUUUUGACAAAUAAUCCCCCAUGUUGAAGAAACUCAAGUGCAUGGAGGCGGCACAGGCAGCCGCAGCUGCAGCUGCAGCAUCCGCCUCGGGAUCGUCUUCGGGCACCCCAAAACUGAUCAAAACCGAACCGAUCGACUUUGAGAUGCUCCACCUGGAGGAGAUCGAACGGGAGCCGAGCAGCAGCAGUAGCAGCGGCAGCGGCAGCGGCAGCAGCAACAACAGCAGCAAUGCUGCCACAAUGCCCCAGAGAUACACCCACGUCCAGGUGCAGACAGUGCCGCCACGUCAGCCCACGGGUCUGACCACGGCUGGGGGCACACAGAAGGUGAUACUCACGCCGCGAGUGGAGUACGUCCAGCAGCGAGCCACCAGCACCACGGUGGGUGCCCUUAAGCACAUUUACACACAGCAGCAGGUGGCAUCGAGCGGCGGUGCCAGUGCCGCACGUCAGACACAAACAGAGGCCACCACGGUGGCCCUGUCGGGGUCACCGCAGAUCAUCAUCACUCGAGCGGUGCCCAGUCAGCAUCUGUCGCGUCGCCACUCGGCCAGUCCCUCCUCCCUGCACCACUUCCAGCAACAGCAACAGCAACAGCAGCAACCACAGCAACAACAGCAGCGUCAGCAGCAACAGUCGCCCCCGCCGCUGCACCAUCAACAGAAUCAGCAGCACGUGCGGGUCAUUCGGGAUGGUCGGCUGUACGAUGAAACCACUGUGGUGGUAGGUGGUGGUGCACGUCGUCUGUCUGUCUCGCCGCCACCCCUUCACCAUCACUCGCGCUCGGCGCCAGUCUCCCCAGUCAUCAACAGACGCGCUGGGGCAGUAGUAUCCUCGGGUGGCUACAUGGAUCAACAGCAGCAAUAUCAGCAGCGACAGACGCCGCCGUUGGCGCCGCCACCACCGCCUCCACCGCCACCCCCUCCGCCGCCUCCACCCCAACAGCAACAACAGCAGCAGCAGCAGCAGCAGCAGACGCAGUACAUCUCCGGCGGGGCAUCACCCACACCCACAGCGGCUGCACGCAAAUUUUUGGUCAGCACCAGCACGCGACACGUGAACGUGAUUGCCUCGAAUCACUUCCAGCAACAGCAACAGCAGCAGCAGCAGCAGCAACAUGUGGUGGCAAGCGUUAGUUCCAGCAGCAGCAGCAACUCCUCGGCCAUCUGCUCCUCGGCGGCAGCCAGCUCUUCUUCCGCCACUUCGCACAUAUUUCGUACGCCCGUCGUCUCCAGCAGCAGCAGCAGCAGUAUCAAUCAGCAGCACCACCAACAACAGCAGCAUCACCACCAACAGCAGCAGCAGCAGCAGCAACAGCACCACCAACAACAACAUCAGCAACAGUCGAAUAUGGGCAACUCUGCCAUGCGUCCACCACCGCCUCCGCCACCGCCGAAGGUCAAGCAUGCCCCCGGCUCUACCACCAGCACCAGCAGCAGCAGCAGCAACAAUUGCAACAACAGCAAUGGCGAGGAGCCGUCUAGCUCGAUUCCUGAUCUAGAAUUUGACGGUACCACGGUGCUGUGUCGUGUUUGCGGAGACAAGGCCUCCGGUUUCCAUUACGGCGUGCAUUCCUGCGAGGGUUGCAAGGGCUUUUUCCGUCGCUCCAUUCAGCAGAAGAUCCAGUACCGGCCCUGCACCAAGAAUCAGCAGUGCAGCAUUCUGCGUAUAAAUCGCAAUCGGUGCCAAUACUGUCGCCUGAAAAAGUGCAUUGCCGUCGGCAUGAGCAGAGAUGCUGUGCGCUUUGGUCGCGUGCCGAAGCGAGAGAAGGCGCGCAUCCUUGCCGCCAUGCAGCAGAGCACACAGAACCGGGGCCAGCAGCGUGCCCUGGCCACAGAGCUGGACGAUCAGCCCCGUCUGUUGGCCGCCGUCCUGCGCGCCCAUCUCGAGACGUGCGAAUUUACCAAGGAGAAGGUUUCGGCCAUGCGGCAACGGGCCCGCGAUUGCCCCUCCUACUCGAUGCCAACAUUGCUGGCCUGUCCCCUCAAUCCCGCCCCCGAGUUGCAAUCCGAACAGGAGUUCUCGCAACGCUUCGCACACGUCAUUCGUGGCGUGAUCGAUUUUGCGGGCAUGAUACCCGGCUUCCAGCUGCUCACACAGGACGACAAAUUCACGCUCCUGAAAGCGGGCCUCUUCGAUGCACUGUUCGUGCGUCUGAUCUGCAUGUUCGACUCGUCGAUCAACUCGAUUAUCUGCCUGAAUGGGCAGGUGAUGCGUCGCGAUGCCAUCCAGAAUGGGGCAAAUGCCCGCUUCCUGGUGGACUCCACGUUUAAUUUUGCGGAGCGCAUGAACUCGAUGAACCUCACAGAUGCCGAGAUUGGCCUCUUCUGCGCCAUCGUCCUGAUCACACCCGAUCGCCCGGGACUGCGCAACCUGGAGCUCAUCGAGAAGAUGUACAGCCGCCUCAAGGGCUGCCUGCAGUAUAUUGUGGCCCAGAAUCGGCCCGAUCAGCCCGACUUUCUCGCCAAGCUGCUGGAAACGAUGCCGGAUCUGAGGACCCUCAGCACCCUGCACACCGAGAAGCUGGUCGUCUUCCGCACCGAGCACAAGGAGCUGCUGCGUCAGCAGAUGUGGAGCAUGGAGGAUGGACAGGAUGGAUCCUCUGGCAAAUCCCCAGCCGCCAGCUGGGCCGAUGCCAUGGAUGUGGAGGCGGCCAAGAGCCCCCUGGGCUCUGUGUCCAGCACAGAGUCGGCGGAUCUCGAUUAUGGUUCACCCAGCAGCAGCUCAUCCAUGCAACAGCAGCAGCAGCAGGUGGGUCAGGCUUCCGCCUCACCGCCGCAACCGUCGGCAUUGGCCAGUUCGGCCCCACUUCUGGCGGCCACCCUCUCGGGCGGCUGUCCUCUGCGCAAUCGCGCCAAUUCCGGCUCCAGUGGUGAUUCCGGUGCCGCCGACAUGGACAUUGUCGGCUCGCAUGCGCAUCUCACACAGAACGGCCUGACAAUCACGCCCAUUGUGCGGCACCACCUCCAACAGCAACAGCAACAGCAACAGCAGCAGCAACAGCCCCACCCCCACCACCAGCAGCAGCAGGCGCACGCCCAGCAGCAGCAGCAGCCACAUCCCACGCAGCAGCAUCAGCACCAGCAGCAUCCGCAGCUGCAUCACCACCUAACAGCGGGAGCAGCGAGUCGCUACCGUAAGCUGGACUCGCCCACGGACUCUGGCAUCGAGUCGGGCAACGAGAAGAACGAAUGCAAGGCCGUCUCCUCGGGCGGCAGCAGCUCCUGCUCCAGUCCCCGUUCCAGUGUGGACGAUGCCCUCGAUUGCAGCGACGCGCAGGUGUCCGCCGCCCAGGCAGUGGCCGCCGUCAAUCCGCAGUUGAGCGUGGUGGCCGUCUCUCCGGUCCGCUCGCCCCAGCCCUCGAGCAGCGCUAAUCUGCAUCUGAAGCGCCAGAUUGUCGAGGAUAUGCCCGUGCUGAAGCGCGUGCUGCAGGCUCCUCCACUGUACGACACCAAUUCCCUGAUGGACGAGGCCUACAAGCCGCACAAGAAGUUCCGUGCCCUGCGCCAUCGCGAAUUCGAGUCCGCAGAGGCGGAUGCCAGCAGCUCCACCCACAGCCUCGGCGCACUCAGUCCUCGCCAGAGCCCAGUCCCGGCCAAUGUUGCCACGCCGCCGCCACCAUCGGCAGGCAUGACGGGAGUUUCAGGCCCGGCCCAGAGCCAGCUGCAUAUGCACCUGACACGCGGCAGCCCCAGCAGCAGCCCCCAAGUGCAGGGACCCAAGGUCUCGAUGGCAAGCUCCCACUCGGUGCUGGCCAAGUCGCUAAUGGCAGAGCCACGCAUGACGCCCGAGCAGAUCAAGCGUAGUGACAUUAUCCAGAACUAUCUGAAGCGCGAGCCGGGCACCACCGCAAUGGCCAGCAGCACCACCUCCUCCUCGGCGAGCAUUGGCGGACGCAGCCCGAGCAGCCACUGCGCCUCACCCUCUACCAGCAGUCCGCCGCCGCCGGCCCCGCAACGUUGGGGCAGCAGUUCGGUGAUCACGACCACCUGCCAGCAGAGGCAGCAGUCGGUGUCGCCGCACAGCAAUGGUAGCAGCAGCAGCAGCAGCUCUUCCAGCUCCAGCUCCUCCUCGUCGUCCAGCUCCUCAUCCAGCAACAGCAACAGCAACUGCAGCUCCAGCUCUGUGGGCAGCUGCCAGUAUUUCCAGUCUCCGCACUCCACCAGCAGCUCCUCGGUGGCAGGCACAGCCGGCAACGGCGCUGGUGCAGCCACAGCCUCCUCCAGCCCCCUGCUGGAGCUGCAGGUGGACAUUGCCGACUCGGCCCAGCCCCUCAACCUGUCCAAGAAGUCGCCAACGCCGCCGCCCAGCAAGCUGCACGCCCUCGUGGCUGCCGCCAAUGCUGUGCAGCGUUACCCCACACUCUCGGCCGAUGUUACGGUGACUGCCUCCAGCGGCGGUCCACCCUCGGCGGCGGCCAGUCCCGCGCCGAGCAACAGUCCGCCAGCUGUGGCGACCGCGCACAAGGUCAUGUUGGAGGCAUAAGCUGGGAGCCUGUAGGCCUUGAGGUAAAGAAGUUGAAACAGAGACUGACACUGGUCCUUAGGGGGAUGCGAUGGAUAGCGAGCGGGAGAGGGAGUGUGGAGAGCAGAGGGGAUUAAGUUAUUUUGAAGAGUUUCGAGAGAGAGUCUUGUACAAAGAUUGGGAAAGGGGAAUGCAACCAGUAACGAUGGAGUAAGAGAAAAACUAUAUUUAAAGUGAAGGAGAAGCAGCAGAGAAACAGAGGAAAAACUAAAAGUUAUUAAUUUAAACCCAAGCUUGAAGGUAUUACCAGGAGGAAGCCAGAGACAGCGAGAGAGAGAGAGGAACAUGCAUAUAUAUUUUAGCAGUUAAACUUUAAAGUAGAGAACGAAGAGUUCCCGAUCCCCCCUUUUCCCCUCCACCCAAUCAGAAACCCCCGAUUGUUUUUAUACGUUUUAAGCACUAUUGUUGUAUAUAUUAAUUAAUUAUUUUACAUUUAACUUAUGCUUACGGUUUAGUUUGUAGGUGCAAAAACUACUUUUGCUUUUUGGAUGUUUUUUGAAAAAACUGCAAAUUAUUAUUAUUAUUAUAUUAUGAUUAUUAAAUAUUAAAACAAACAAAAAAACAUAAAAAACAAAUCAGUGUGAAGUUUUAUUGUGCGAUCUCCGAAAGGCAGUUUGGCCACAAAUUACGAUUCAUUUUUUAUGAAUUUUGACUAAUUUUAUACGAAACUUGUUAUAGUUUUUUCUCCCUUCCCCUUCCUCCCUCUAUCUAUCUAUCCGUAUCUGUAGCUAUCGUUUUGUAAUUUCCCUUGGCACAAAAGAACACCCCCUCCCCCUACAAUUAUUCGUAUGGGGUGAAAAAUAUUGUUUUCUAAUUUUAAACAAAACCUACCACAAAAAAUACAAUUAUAUGGAUGGAAAAUCAAACGAAAAAUGCUUAAAAAAAUGAUGGAAAAAGUAAAGAGAGCGGAAACCCAACGUUAAAUAUAUUUGUUGUGUACAUAGUUAAAUGUUAAAUUAAACAAAACAAAAAC